AUGGAAGAAGAGUUAAACAAAUUUGAAAGGAAUCAAGUUUGGGAACUUGUUCCUAGGCCAAGUGGUAAACAUAUCAUAGGUGCCAUAUGGGUGUUUAAGAACAAUCUUGAUGAGAAUGGUAUAAUUGUUCGAAACAUGGAUAAUUGCAAAGAAAUGGGUACUCCAAUGGGAUCCAGAACUUAUGUUGAUCAAGAUGAAUCCGGUGUUUCAAUUCAUAUCAUAAAGUAUCAAGGUAUGAUUGCUUCAUUAUUAUAUUUGACGGCAAGUCGUCCUGAUAUAAUGUUUAGUGUUUGUCUUUGUGCAUGGUCUCAAGCCAAUCUAAAGUAUCUCACAGGAACAACCAACAUCGGCUUAUGGUAUCCUAAAGGUAGUAUAUGUGAAUUGCUUGGUUAUACUGACUCUAAUUAUGCAGGUUAUAAAAUAGAUCUAAAAAGCACAAGCAGGACAUGUCAUAUUCUAGGAAACGCUCUCGUAUCUUGGUCCUUCAAAAAGCAAGCAUGUGUGGCUCUUAGUACAGCUGAAGCAGAAUAUAUUGUUGCAGGAAGUUGUUGCACUCAAAUACUUUGGCUAAAACAACGACUUAGUGACUACGGCCUAAACCUUGGAUGCAUUUUGCUAAAGUGA